AUGACCAGAUGGAGCGCCACGCUCAUCAAGAGUGUGGCGGCUGUUCUCUGCAUCUACAUUUUCUUUACGAUAGUCGUCACCGAUCGAAACGCAUACAGGUCAACGCAGGACUUGAUUCGUGCUAGCCGACAUCGCCUGACUGAAGACACGACAUAUGAUCAUAUUAAGAACGAGACUUUAGGCUUCGAGAAGAUAUAUGCGAUAGGUCUGAAAGAGCGAACAGACAAACGUGACUUUCUUACCCUGGCAGCUUCAGUGCAUGGAAUGAAGGUCAAAUGGUUGGACGGCAAAUUUGAUAUAUCCUUCUGGAAACCAACGGUAGCCGCAUGCUGGAGAGCCCACAUGAACGCUCUCCGCGACGUCGUGGAAAACGGAUACGGCACCGCGCUUAUCAUGGAAGACGACGCCGACUGGGACGUAUCGGUGCGGGAGCAAUUACGCGAAUUCGCCCGCGGUGUGCGCACACUAAGCGACAACCCGAACCCCUCAAAGGAUGCUCCCUAUGGCACAAACUGGGACAUGUUAUGGGUCGGAGGCUGCGCCAGCGGUGCCGCAGACAACGAGACAGACAUCUACGCCAUCCCGAACGAUCCCACCACUCCAAGCGUGAAGCAUCGAGGCACCUGGGGCGGUCCGUCGGAUGGAUGGAAAGCGAAGCACCCCGAGCUACCGGAGGACUCGACUCGAUACAUAUAUCGAGCGAACAUGGGCUGCUGUCUGUACGGGUACGCUGUCACUCUGGAGGGUGCGCGGCGCAUUCUUGCGGCGCUCUCGGUGGAUUACUUGGAUAUGCCGGUUGAUAAUGCGAUGAGCGACUUGUGUGCAGGGAAGAACCGUCCACACCUGCGAUGCUAUGCACCGUUUCCCAAUCUAAUCGGGACGUACAAGCCUGCUGGGGGAAGCUCGAGGGAUUCCGAUAUUGAGACCUACGACAGUGGGGACUAUCAUCCUGCCAUGUCGUGGAAUAUGGUCUACAGUACGAGGCUGAAUAUUCAUCACUUGGUGGCCAAGGACGAUACAAUAUAUUCCCAGUGGCAGGAAACUGAUGAUCCAUGGUCUAAGAAGAAGGUGAUAUUGGGGGAUAUGGAAUACCCUGGGGGUUUCCUCGUUCCAAAUCAGGAUCAAUAG